AUGAGCAAGAACAAUCAGACAAUGGCCAGUGAAUUCAUCCUUUUGUCCUUUUCCAACCUUAGCCAGCUCCAAAUUCUUCUCUUUAUUGGCUUUCUUCUUUCCUAUCUGACCGCUUUGCUGGGAAAUUUCCUCAUAAUUUUCUUAACGAACAUGGACAGCACCCUGCACAGUCCUAUGUACUUUUUCCUCCAAACCCUAUCCUUGGCAGAAGUUGGAUUCAUGUCAACUAUCAUCCCUAAGCUGCUUGUGAACCUUCUGUCCAAGAAAAAGACCAUCUCCUUAUUGGGAUGCAGGGCACAGAUACAUUUUGUUUUUUUCUUUGGAAGCCUGGAAUGUUUUAUAUUAAUAGUCAUGGCAUAUGAUCGCUUUGUUGCCAUAUGCAACCCUCUCCACUAUAAAGUCAUAAUGAACAAGAAGUUCUGCAUGCUGCUGGUGGCAGCUGUAUGGGCCGCAGGAUUCCCUAUUGCAACCAUAGAGAGCACGUGGGUGCUCAGUUUCCCAUUUUGUAAAUCCAAUGUAAUUUCUCAUUUCUUCUGCGAUGUUCCACCAGUUCUCCAGUUGGCCUGUGCAGACACGUCCAGAUUUGAGGUGUUUUCCCACAUAAAAGAUUUUAUACUUUUCCUUUGCCCCUUCACACUUAUCGUGAUCUCCUAUGUUCAUAUUAUCAGCACCAUCCUGAGAAUGCCAACAGUCGAGGUGAGAUGGAAAACUUUCUCCACCUGCUUUUCACAUAUUACUGUUGUCACUCUGUUUUACGGGUCAGCUGGUUUGUCUCACUUUCAGCCUAGAGCCUAUCAUUCAGGGAACAGACAUUUGCUUUCCCUCUCUUAUGUGGUCUUCACACCGAUGUUAAACCCUUUCAUUUAUAGCCUACGGAACAAGGAAAUGAGAGAAGCCUUAAGCAAGCUGAGCAGAAAAAAAAUAUGCUGCCACUCCUAUGCCGUCUAA